UGCCGGGCUGUCUGGGAAAGAAGGGGUGGUCACUGAUGUCUUGCAGGAGCCCUUGGUAGGUAAAACCCACGACGGCGUCCCCCAGACCCCACUAUGUUCCUCUUUUCCCGAAAGACCAAGACCCCCAUCAGCACCUACAGUGACUCCUACAGGGCCCCUACCUCCAUCAAGGAGGUCUACAAGGACCCACCUCUGUGGGCCUGGGAAGCCAACAAGUUUGUGACCCGGGGCCUGACUCAGACUGCACAGCGCCAUGUGGAUCCUGACGCCCUGCAGAAGAUGCUCAAGUGUGCUGUGCAGGACUACAGCUGCAAGGGUUCCAUAGCAAGCCACCCCUACUUCCCUGAGAAAUAUUGGCUCUGUCCAGAGGAAGACAAAUGCAACCCAAACUACCUGUGUGGCAACCCAAACUACCUGUGCAGUAACCGGUAUAACACAUGGAGGAUGGGACCUUACAACUGCUGGAACAAAUGUACCACAUACCUUCCCCGGCUGCCUAAGGAGGCCGGGAUGGAGACAGUGGUUCGAGGAAUGCCCUUGGUGUAUCCUCCUAAGCCGGAGCGACUCAAUGCCUACGAGCGCGAGGUAGUGGUGAACAUGCUGAACUCGCUGUCACGAAACCAGCCGCUGCCGCAGAUCACGCCCCGCUGCGGGUGUGUGGACCCGCUGCCGGGCCGCCUGCCCUUUCAGGGAUAUGAGAGCGCUUGCUCGGGCCGCCACUAUUGUCUGCGUGGGAUGGACUACUCCGUCUCCGGGCCACCCUGCACGGAACGCCGCCUGCGGCCUUUAUGCACAGAGCUGCCUACUGUAAGGAGUGUGUCUCCCUGCGAGCACCGACCCGGAAUGCAAUGUGCUGUUAUAACUCCCCAGCCGUCGUACUACCCCUGUCCGAACCUUAGAUGGGACACAAGUCACUUCAAGAAGACUGGUGGCUCGCAGAGAAACAACUAUGUUGUCCACCCUGAGUUUGUGUCCGAGACCUAUCCUGACUACCACUGCUGGUAG